GUCGCCUUUCUGUCAGUGUCACUGUCAUUUUAUUUCGUGAUCUUUGAAUUUUUGAGACUCUCAAGAGUUUAUCGAUUUUUCUUAUUACUGAAGAAUUUAACGUGUAUCUGCGUUAAAUUUUAGAAAAGCAUAUAUUUCACAAAACAUAUAAUGGGCAAAAAAGGUGUCAUUCCAUUUGUUAAAGAUUUUUAUUACGAUCCUUUCAAGUGGUCACUUGUGAAGAGCGUGGGUGUAUUCGCAAUCGGCGUUGUGAUCGCGAGCGAGUGCGCAGGCCUAGAAAUAAUGCCCGCCAUGCCACAAUAAACAGCAAAAAUUCCUAUAAAUUCUCUCAAUAAGUUUAAUAAGUUUACAAUAAAGCAAAAUGUUAAAUUAUUUAUUGUUAUUUUGUCUCUUUGGAGCCAGUGUUUGUCAGCAAAAGAGGCCGAAUAUCGUUUUGGUGUUGACGGAUGAUCAAGAUGUAGUGUUGGGUGGUAUGACGCCUAUGGCGAAUGUGAGGCGGUUUAUUGGGAAUGAGGGCGUCACUUUCGCUAAUUCGUACGUGACUUCCCCAAUAUGCUGUCCAAGCCGCGCCAGUUUGCUGACAGGCCUUUACGUCCACAAUCAUAUGACAGUCAACAACAGCAUGCGUGGAGGUUGUUAUGGUCAUUAUUGGCGCAAUACCUUGCAGAAAGAAACCUUCAACUAUUUGCUGAAAGAGGCCGGGUAUAAAACUUUUUACGCUGGCAAGUAUUUGAAUGAGUAUGGCGCCGUAGAAGCGGGCGGUCCCGAAGCCGUGCCCCCCGGCUGGUCGGAGUGGCGCGGGCUGGUCGGCAACUCAGUCUACUACAACUACACUAUAUCUAACAAUGGCGUGCCCACUGCUUCUACUGACCAGUAUCUUACUGAUGUUAUUCGCGACCUAAGCGUGACGUUCAUAGAGUCUCAGACAGAAGACACACCAUUCCUCAUGGUGCUGGCUCCCCCCGCACCGCAUCAACCCUUCACUCCCGCGCCGAGACAUACCGGCUCGUACCGUAAUGUUACCGCUGAGAGGGGGCCUAACUUCAAUGUUAAAGCUGAGGACAAACACUGGCUCCUACGCAUGCCACCCUCCCCUUUACCCGAUACCAUGCUGCCAGAACUGGACCGAGUCUACCGCUCUCGUUGGGAGAGUCUACUGGCAGUAGACGAGAUCGUGGCCGACGUGGUAGCCGCGUUAGACAAGCAGAACGUGCUGGCAGACACUUAUGUUCUGUUCACGUCUGAUAACGGAUAUCAUGUGGGUCAAUUCUCCCAAGUAUACGACAAACGCCAACCCUACGAGUCUGAUAUCAAAGUACCCCUCGUUAUUCGGGGGCCGGGUAUCGCCCCCAACUCCUCUAGUGCUGAGCCGGUGCUGAACAUAGAUAUCGCCCCCACGAUCCUGAAGAUGGCUGGGCUAACGCCCCCGGCUCAUAUGGAUGGACGGCCUAUUGAUUUGAAUGGAAAUGGGAAAAGUGACAGAUACAUGUUGGUGGAGUACCACGGUGAAGGCCGUUACGGCUCCGUAGACGAUGCGUGUCCGUGGAAGAAUGACGCCAGUCGCUUAGCUGAAUGUUACCCACAAUACGAGUGCAAGUGUCAGGACGCUCGCAACAACUCGUACGCGUGUGUGCGACACUUCGACACAAGGACCAACAUGAAGUACUGCGAGUUUGCUGAUUAUGAGAAUUUCGUGGAAAUCUACGACUUAUCCCGCGACAGUUUCGAGCUGCACAACGCUUUGGAUCGAACCCUCCCCGCCGUCCGCGCGUGGUACAGCCGCGCGCUGUCGCGGCUGCUGCAGUGUGUCGGCGACACGUGCGCGCUACAAGUGUCUAUGUCUCAAACUUAAUAUAUUGUGCACUAGAUUUUA